AUGGGUAGUUUCGAGAGCCCCACGCACGUUGGAUUCAUUGGCCUCGGGGCCAUGGGCCUUGGAAUGGCCAGCGACCUCCAGCGCAGACCCCAGUAUACAGUCACGGGGUUCGAUAUUUGGCAGCCCAGUCUCGACAAAUUUGUCGCGUCGGGUGGGCGUGCUGGAGGGUCGCCUCGCGAUGUUGCGCAGACCAGUCAGUUCCUCAUCUGCAUGGCAGCUACUGCCCAGCAGCUCGAUUCAAUCCUCUUCGACAACUUGGCGAUCAAAGAACUACCAAAGGAUGCUACAGUCGUGCUCUGCUCGACAGUCCCACCAACCUACUACGACACACUUCCCGCGCGGAUCGCCAAUAUUGGACGCCCUGACGUUGCCGUUGUCGAUGCGCCUGUGUCGGGCGGCACCCUUCGCGCAGCCAACGGCACUCUGACUAUCUUCGCCGCAGGAUCAUCCGAUGCACUCGCCCGUGCUACGGCCUUGCUCCAUGACAUGUCGGAGAGGCUUUACAUCAUUUGCGGCGGCCUUGGGGCUGCCAGUAAAGUGAAAAUGAUCAAUCAGUUACUAGUUGGUACGCACAUUGCGGCAGCAUCGGAAGGGAUGGCCCUUGCCACCAAGGCAGGUCUCGAUACCAGAGAAGUGUUCGAAAUCAUUAAAUGCACAUCGGGAAGUUCUUGGGCCUGGUCAAACCGUGUACCGCAUAUGCUCGAAGAGGACUGGACACCUUUGUCUGCUUUGAACAUUUUCGUCAAAGACAUGGGUAUUGUAGUAUCAACUGGUCGGGCUGCUCAAUUUCCCUUGCCUAUUGCGGCUUUGACAGAGCAGUUGUACAUUUCAGGUUCCGCCCAGGGUUUCGGCAAGGAAGAUGACGCUGGGCUGCUGAGGUUGUUUUUACAGGGACCAGGAGAGUCAACAAUCGGGAAGAGCAAGUCUGCGCCCUUCGGUCCAACCGCGAUGGAGUCUUUGAGUGGCGCAGCCCCCAAGGUCGCCGUCAUUGGGCUCGACGAGGUGGGGCGCAAUCUAGCAGUUGCGGUUGCGCAGAGUGGCUUCGAAGUUCAUGUCUUUGAUGCCGAUGACAAGGACAUUCAAAAACUCGUUGCGAGUAACAGUGGGGUUCGCACCCACAAAACGCCCACCGCUGCUGCACAGGCCGCCGACAUCCUGGUUUUACGGGCCAGGGACAUGGACCAUGCAUUGGAUAUUCUCGUUGGGCCGCCCAAAACCGCGGCAGCGCUUGCUCCUGAUGCGGUGGUUCUGUUGAGCUCGACGUCAUCUCCCUCACAGUUGAGGACUAUUGAAGAUCGACUUGCCUGCGCAUACCCCAGCAUUGCUCUACUCGACUCCCCGGUAUUCUAUAGCGGUUCUUUGGAAGGCAAACGGAUUUCAGUGAUGCUAUACUCCGGCUCAGACACCGCCGUAUCACGAGCCGGCGGUAUCCUCCUCACGGCUAACUGUGGCUUUGAUACUGUCCGACGAGUAAGCGGCGGGCUAGGCUCCGCAUCCACCGUCAAACUCAUCGACCAAUUUUUAGCCGGCAUCCAUUUGGUAGCCGCAGCGGAAGCGAUGGCAUUUGCAACCCACCUCGGCCUCGACGUGUCUCAAAUAUUCGAGUUACUCCGCAAUGCAGCGGGGUGGAGUUGGGUGUUUGAAUCUCGUGUCCCGAAGCUGCUGAACGGUACUCACGAUCUUGAUUGCCCCUUGCCGACUUUUGCAAGAGAUCUAGGUCUGGUCCUAGACGAAGCGAAGGGCUUGAUGUUCUGGGCUCCGCUGACGUCGGCUGCACAUAAUGUGAUUCUCUCGGCGAUGACUAGGCCUGGAAAAGGCACUUCGCUACUGGUGUAA